UUACGCAGCCUUGCUGGGAAGAUUUUCAAGCUGCCUGACCCUGCCAAGCAUUCCCUCUGGAUCCCCAAGUGGAGACGGAGGCAGUGCCUGCGACACAUCCAUGUAGAAACUGCACAGUUGCUGCUUCCUACCCUGCCUUGAAGGCCCCUGAUCUCACAUCUGUGGGGCUGGGGAAAGCUCCUUCUUUAAGCUAAUGAAGGAGAGAGCACAUUGCUGAUACAAGGAAAUGUUUAGAAAUAAAUCCUGAGCAAUCCAGCCUUCUGGCUCUCUGAGCAGCGCCCUGGCAGUCAGCAAUAACAAGCAUCUUAUGAAAGGCAGCAAAAAGGGAGCCAAGAAGAAAGUGGAUGACCAAUUUUCUAAGAAAGAUUGGUAUGAUGUGAAAGUACCAGCUAUGUCCAAUAUAAGAAAUAUUGGGAAAACGUUGGUCACAAGAACUGAAGGAACCAAAAUCACAGCUGAUGGCCUCAAGGGUCGUGUUUUUGAAGUGAGCCCUGCUGAUCUGCAGGAUGAAGCUGCAUUUAGAAAAUUCAAGCUAAUUACUGAGUAUGUUCAGGGCAACAACUGCCUGACUAAUUGCUAUGGCACGGAUCUUAUGCAUGACAAAAUGUGCUCCAUGGUCAAAAAAUGGCAGACCAUGAUUGAAGCUCACGUUGAUGUCAAGAUGCUUCGUCUAUUCUGUGUGGGUUCUACUGAAAAAUGGAACAAUCAGAUUCAGGAAGAAUCAGAUUAUGCCCGGCACCAGCAAGUCCACCAGAUCCAGAAGAAGAUGAUGGAAAUCAUGACCGGAGAGGAGCUGACAAGUGGCUUGAAAGAGGUGGUCAAUAAAUUGAUUCCAGACAGCACUGGAAAAGACACAGGAAAGGUCCAUGAUGUUUUUGUUGGAAAAGUAAAAAUGCUGAGGAGGCCCAAGUUUGAACUGGGAAAACUCACGGAGCUACAGGGUGAAGGUAGUAGUCCUGGAAAAGCUACUGCGGAUGAGACGGGUGCUAAAGUUGAACGAGCUAAUGGAUAUGAGCCACCAGUCUAA